AUAAAAUAAAAUAUAUCGCCGCAACACGCGAGAGUUUAGCCACAGAAACAUUCUCGCGAGAAUAACGUUUCGAUUUUGUUUGGCGAAAUAUGGCGGACAGGCUAACGCAGCUACAAGAUGCUGUCAACUCGCUUGCAGAUCAGUUUUGUAAUGCCAUUGGCGUCCUGCAGCAGUGUGCACCUCCUGCCUCUUUCAGCAACAUCCAAACAGCAAUCAACAAAGAUCAGCCAGCAAACCCAACAGAAGAAUACGCCCAGCUGUUUGCAGCACUGAUAGCCAGAACAGCCAAAGAUGUGGAUGUACUAAUUGACUCUCUACCCAGUGAGGAGUCGACAGCAACUCUUCAGGCAGCCAGUCUGCGACAGCUGGAAGAGGAGAACCAUGACGCGGCCGCUCGACUGGAGGAGGUGGUCAACCGAGGAGAUAUGCUGCUGGAGAAGAUCCAGAGUGCCCUAGCUGACAUCGCCCAGUCUCAGCUCCGCACCCGCAACGGAGCUCCCAGCCAGCCUUCACCUGCCGAAUCAUGACCUGCAGCUCCGGACGAUUUUUCGCAUUAUGAGACUCGUGACACCAGCCACAGGACUCAACGCAAACACUGAACUUGUUCGUGCAGGAAAACGUUUCACCCAACAAAGUUGGGUGACAUGAUAGUUUACUGUCCAGAAGACCACGGAACCACAUGUUAUGAGAAGGAUUUUUGGAGUUCUGGCUUUGUCAUUGUGAUGCCUGUUACAUGAACUCACCGAUUUAGAAUAAAGUGGCAGAUUACAGAUAAAAAAGUAAUUUAAGCAACUAAAAUGUAACAUGUAAAAGUGUGAAAGGAAAGGAUGAAAUCAGAAUAUCAAAGGAAAGCUUAAAAAAAAAACCUUUUGAAGAAAAAAAACACACUAAGGUAAUUCUUCAGGUUUAAUGAAAUGCUUUUUUUGUUUAUUUUUUGGUCUGGAAGAUUUGAGACUACUUAUAGCAAAGUCACAUGCUUGUCUGUUUCACACUGUGUGUUUGUGUAUGUACCAGAUUAUUUAGUUGAUCUAGUCCCUGAAACCUCUCCACACUCUUCUGAUAGCUUUAAAACCAUUAACUAGCUCAGUGGAUUGCUACUCCGUGUGCAAGUUCGUUUUUGGUUCACUCUCACGUGCUUUGAUGUGACAUUUACAAUAUCAACAUCUGAUUAAACAGUUGAGUUACUGUGGUCUCAUACGGGAUUUAAUCUUAAAAAGAAAUAUUGCUUUCAGGGGUCACAUUAUAUCAAAAUCAGGUUGUAUUUACUUUUUGCAAUAAGAUGUACUUAAAUACUUAACAUGUAUUGAUGCUUCCUUACUAUUGGCAAUGUUUAAGAGACCCAAAACCUGGAUUGAACUUUGUAGUAUAUAACUAAUGUACUGUAGCUCUAUUAGUGGCCAAGUUAUGAAAAAGUAAAUUAUACAGUUUUUAUUGGUCCAGCCCAGAGGUCUGUUAUGUAUGGUGUGUUUGUGCCUUGGGAUGUGUAAUGUCAUUGUGGAUAAACAACUCAAUGAUUAAAAUUCACCAAGGUGGAAUU